UUCCAGAAGGUCCCUCACUUCUGCGGUACCAGGUCGCUAAGUACCAUCACACUUGACGUCUGAUGUACCGAUGAACGUCUGCUCUGGUAGUACAGUGUGAUCUAAUUCUCAAGUCUCAGACAACGCUGUGUGAUGUUUUGGUUUCGUUGUGGACAUGCGCAGUGCUAAUCACAUUAGCUAUGGCGAGUUAGGGCAAAGAGAGCAGCUGAUUUCAAAGUUCGUUGGGACAGUAGGAUACGCUUUGUUGUGGAUUUCGGUUGAUGCUAAUCUUUAAUGUUAAUGACAAUCCGGGUUGUGAAUUUAGUUUCAUUUCUUCAAUGGUUUGUCCAGAAUAAUUGAGGACUACGUUCAGUUUUUAAUAAUGGUACUUCGAUUGGCAGUUUCCGUUACCAAGUGAUAUUAUUCGAAUGUUACAUAUUUAAUGAUACAAAACUAUUGUCGUGUAGGCAUUAAGAAUAAAAUAUACAUAGGCUUUAGACAUAUUCGGUCUAUUAUUUUAUUUGCGCUUUGCAAAAAAUCGUGAAACAAUAUGAAUUUGAUGCUAAGCUCUUCAUUUUUAAGUUUCAAUUUAAAAAUAUUAGAAAAUGCCAAUAAAACUAUUUGAUGGCCAUUUUACUUUCUAUUUGGCUUUAUACUUGCUGUGUACCUAUGCACAAGUCUUCGUUGCUGGGCAACGACAGACAAACAAGGAUACCAUUGAACAAGGGAGGCAAAUCAUACAGGAUCUCUACACAAAUUACUCAUCAACCGCGACAACCAAUCCCGUUGAUCUAGUGUUCGUCCUUGACCGCUCGGCCAGCGUGUCAAGGUCAGGAUGGGAGUCCACCCUGAGGUUUGUCCAGACCUUUCUGGAACAUUUUACGGUGGACGCGGACAACACGAGGGUGGCCAUCAUCAGCUAUGGCACCACGGCGUCCACUGACCUGGACGGGAUUCGAACCGGCGACUACAACAAGUGUGCGCUCAACGCCAGGCUACAGAACCAGAUUGCCAAGAAAGUGCCUGCUGGGUACUCGGCCACUCACGCCGCCAUCUUGAGAGCCAAAGACGUGCUGGUCAACUCCAGGCCUGCUGCCAAGAAGGCGGUGGUGGUCAUAACUGAUGGCAAGUCCAACAUUGGGCCCCCUCCAGUCAGGGCUUCAAUCCAGCUGCGGUCCCUGGUGUGGGACACGGACUGGGCCACGACAGCCGGGGGACCACAGCUUCAGGUCUACGCCGUCGGCAUCAAGGACGCCUACAUGCCGGAGGUUCGAACCAUCGCCUCUCCGCUUUCCAACCACACCUUCUACAUCCCAGAUUUCAGAGCGUUUGCUGAGCUGGCGAGAUCUCUUCAUGAUGAUAACCAGACAGAGAGCUGGCAUGUCCUGAGUGACAAACAGUUCUGUGGGGGACUGUGUGUGAACAACUCAUACUGCGCGUGUGGGACUCGAUCUGGACAGUACCUCUGUGUGUGUGAGGAUGGUUUCCAUGGAGACGGGCUGGCCUGUACAGCUUGUCCUAGGGGAAGCUACAAAAACAAGAUUUCCCCAUCACGGUGUUUUCAGUGUCCGGGGGACUCCACAACACUAGCAGAGGGCGCCACCGACAUCAGUCAAUGCGUUUGUAAACCUCCUUUUUACAGAGAGGGGCCAGAUCAGCCUUGUCAAAUGCGCACGUGUCCAGAUCUACCUGACAUCGCCCACGGCUUCAAGUUUCACGUGGGUUAUGUGGUGAGAGAUGAAGUGCCGGACACGGCUCAGCCGUGCCGGAACCAGCCGGACACAUCCUGCCAUUUUAACUGUGACACCGGCUACCGUCUAGACGGACACCCGGGACUUGUGUGUCUUGCCAAUGGUACAUGGGAGGGUAGUGUCCCGACUUGUCACAUUGUUGACUGUGGCACACUGACCUACCACGGCCAGGAGGUCGAGCACGGGAACACGACCUACCUGAACCAGACCACAACCUUUGGGUCAGUUGUCCAGGUCACAUGUCACGAUGGCUGGCGAGCUUUUGGUGACGUCAACAGGACGUGCACGGAGCAAGGCGUCUGGUCAGGGACACAGACCUGGUGUGUAGAGAACCGCUGCAAUGCCAUAUCGCUGAGCCCCGGGCUGGUACUGACCCCUCCCCGGUGUGGGCUAGAGCCCCAACUCCCUGGGUCAGUGUGCUAUUUUAAGUGUGAGGCAGGCUACGUCAUGACAGGACCCAGUAAUGUGACCUGCAAUGACCAUGGCAACUGGGGUCAAGUUCAGCAACCCUCAUGUCAAGAUAGAGAGCCCCCAGUGAUCAAAUGCCCAAGUGACAUCACAGUCCCCAUCACUGAGCACAAUUACGCCCUGGUCCACUGGGACAACGACACCCCCACUGUGUCCGACAACUCCGGCUCAACCAGUGUCACUGCGGUUGGCCUGAGUGACAACCCCGCCCAGAUGACCGCUGGUCACCACCAGAUUAAGUACGUUGUCCAGGACAAGGCAGGCAACUCUGCUAGUUGUGUGCAAGGAAUCACUGUCGUAGCCUUCACUGUCCACUUGGUGACAUGUCCGAGUGGUCAAGUUGUCAUCAACAUGUCACAGCACAUGCAGCCUGUCAUCUGGCCAGAUGUGACAUUUGUCAACAACAACAACGUGACAGUCCCCCACCUGUGUACACCUGCCAACAACUCUCUGGUCCCCCCCGGUACCCACAGUGUUCAGUGUGUACCUGUACACCAGGGGGCGCAUGCAGUCCACUGUCAAUUUGAGGCCAGAGUCAACGUGCCUCUGUGUAAACACCCCCCACCACCCCUCCACGGAUCGUUAUCCUGCUCAACAACAGCCUCACUGCUCACCUGCAUCCCACACUGCAAUGAAAACUACGACUUCCACUCCAUCCCACAAACUGUUUACAACUGUGAUCUUCAAGGGAGAUGGAAUUUGAGAACCCCAAACAAGUUUUGGCCUGAUUGCUCACGAAAAUAUUAUCCUAACAAGGCAGUCAUGAGUGGCCAGGCCCAAUUCUUUUAUUACGGAGGAAGCUGCCAAGAUGUUAAGGAUGAAAUAGCAGAAAAGUUUACCCGCUACAUACAAACCCAGUCUUGGAACGUGUGUGGAGCUGCCUCCUGUGAGGUGCAGAAUGUCAGGGUAGUGUGUGGGCAGGCAUCAAAACGCAGACGAAGGAGCUCAGGUCAAAAGUUUAGACCCCCUACUUCACAGCAGGACAGUGCAAGUAGAAUUGACACAAGCAUUAAGCUAAUGAGAAGAAGAGAAAGGUCAACCCUGACCACUGAGUCAAGCUUGAACUUUGACAUUGCACCAACUAAACAAAAAGAAAGGAGCAAAUUUGAUGUGCUGGGUGUGACCAGAGAAUUGUUUUAUAUGGACGACAUCGAGUUUCAAAACAAAGGAGGGGCUAAACUUACAGACAAUGUGAAAAACUUUUUGAACCAGCGGAAAAAUGGUAAGACAAAUCCUGAGUGUGAAAACUGUUCAAUGAUUGAAGAGAACCAGAAAAUCAAGGCUGUAGGGUCAAGUGGGGCAGUGUCUGGUGAAGCUGAUGAUAUGGCGGGGAGAAUGGGCCUAGACAGGUCAACAUCUGUUGAUGGGUUCCAUUUAAUCAAACGUGACAGUGAGAACAGUGAUGUAUACAGUCAGCAGGAAAACAGGCAGGUACCUGCAGGCACACUGCAGGAUGACAUCAUGUCUCUCACAACAUCACCGCUGUCAGAUUCACAUCCAUCUCCAACACAAACAUCAGAGUUUGAUGUCGUAGAGAAUGGAACUGAUACACCUCUGAGUGCUGAGAACCGACUAGAAUUUGAACUUGUGUACAGUCUCCCUGGUCGUAACACAACAGAACAGGACCAGACAGACCUGCUGGAUCACUACACAAACAUCUCCCAGACUCUGAAGGGACAUUUUAAUAACCUGACACUGGAAGAGACUGAUCCAGCAGUCACACAACAGGACAACACUUCAGCCAUUUUGUAUUUUAACCAAGUUGAGUUCAGUGGUGAUCCACAGUUGAUUGAAUGUCAGCCUGGUUAUGUUAGCAGCGCAACCAGUUUUAGCAGAGUGUGUGUGGCCUGCCCGCCUGGCUCCUACUAUGAAAAUGAUGCGUGUGUGCCCUGUGAAGUUGCUCACUACCAGCCUGAUGAGGGUCAGCUGACCUGCCUGCCCUGCCCAGGAGGUACACUCACUGACUCCAGUGGGGCUAACAAUGUGUCCUUGUGUGUAGGUGAAUGUUCGUUUGGUGAAUACUCAGAGACUGGCCUUGAACCCUGCCAUUUGUGUCCAUUAAACAUGUUCAAUUUUUUUAAAGGCUCCACUGUUUGCCUCAAUUGUCCAGAUGGCAAAAGAACCAAAGGACUAGGAUCUAAGAGCGAUAGUGACUGUUCACUUCAAUGCCAAGCCGGCAGUUAUAGUGAGACUGGCCUUGAACCUUGUAAACUGUGUCCGCUGGGCCAGUACCAGCCUGAAGCAGGAGGGAAGGAAUGUUUACUUUGUCCAGCUCUCUGGACAAACACCACUGGAGCCAGGAACAUUUCUGAUUGUAUUGUCCCAGAGAAUGCCUGUACUGAUGUCAGGUGUGAGAACAAUGGCACCUGUGUGAUGUCUAACAAUUGGGCCACCUGUCUGUGUGCACCUGGCUAUACGGGGGACAGCUGUGAGAGUGACGUACAAGACUGUAUCCCCAACAUUUGCCAGAAUGACGGCUUAUGUGUCGAGGGUGUCAACCAGUUUACCUGUACCUGCCAACCAGGAUUCACAGGUCAGUACUGUGAGAUGAACGUGGACGAGUGUAUGCCAGAGCCCUGUGUGAAUGGUGGCUCCUGUCUGGACCAGAGUAACGGCUACAGGUGCUACUGCAGGCUGGGCUACACAGGUGCCAACUGUGAGACCGCCGUGUCACUGUGUCAUGAGAACACGUGUGUCAACGGAGAGUGUCACACUAACCUUGACAACACAGAGACUUCUUGUGUUUGCCAAAAAGGAUUUGCAGGUCCUACUUGCAACUCCACCUGGGAUCUCUGCUCCUCCUACCCGUGUGUCAAUGCUUACACCUGCACCUCUACACCUGGAACUUUCUUGUGCCUAUGCAUACCUGGCUACUCAGGAACAUUCUGUGAGAUUCCAAUAGAUCCCUGCUCCAGCUCACCAUGUGCUGGGGGCGCCACCUGUCUGCAGAUGGAGGACAUGUUUAAGUGUGUUUGUCCUGAUGGGCUCAAUGGACCACUCUGUCAAUACAAUUCAACAGCCAGUUUUGACCUGAAAUUUAAUGGCCAGUCCCCUGCAGGGUUGUAUGCAGUCUUCCCUGAGAUCUACAUGAGGGGUGUGCCCAACUUCACCCUCUGUGGGUGGUUCCGUCCUGACACCCUGGCUACGUACUCCACCCUUGUGGCCUUCACCUCCAGCUUAAAGAAUGGCACGGAGGAUUCCCCAUAUUUGGUUACAUUUUCUCUCAGACAUACAGACAAACUCAUAGUCAGCAUCUUUGACGUUACCAUGGAAACAGAUGCCACCCUACCCCCCUAUGUGUGGACACAUUUGUGUUUCCUGUGGCAGGCCCAGGGUGGCCACUGGCAGGUUGCCGUCAACGGAUCCGUCGUCUCCCAUGGCAACGUAGAAACAUCAGGGCUUAACAUAUCCACUAAUGUUAAAGUUGUCAUUGGACAAGAGAAUCCAUUUCAUGCUGAAGUUUCUUCUCUAUGGAAUGUUUACUCAGGGGAGAUCAGUGUGUUCAACAUUUUCAGCAGAAUCUUCACACCUCCACAGCUGAAGAUUCUAGCCAAUCAGAGCGCCUGUGAGCCUGCGUGUGGUGACAUCAUAUGUUGGAUGGAUGUUCCACACUUUGUCAAAGGUGCUGUCAUUAUGGAGGAAUACAGCAAGUGCUUGGAUGUCAAUGAAUGCUGGUUCCCCUCUGAGUUUCCGUGUGCCGCCAACAGAGAGUGCACUGACCUGGUGGGUAACUACACCUGUGACAGGUGCGCUCACGGCUUCACUGGGGACUCGUGCACUGAGAGGGCGGAUGAGUGUGAGGAUGACCCCUGUGUCAAUGGCAUGUGUGUGGACGGGCUGGAGACUUUUGACAACUAUUGUCUUUGUCAUGCUGGAUAUACAGGUUUUUACUGUGAUAUACUGAUCAACCAAUGCCUGUCUUCACCCUGCCAAAACAAUGGGGUGUGUAUUCCAGGAGAAAACUACUUCACCUGCCAGUGCCAGACACCAGGCAUGGGACCCCUGUGUGAGCGUCCUGCUUCAGCCUGCCUGCCCAACCCCUGCCAGAACCAGGGCCUGUGUGUGGAGGGGGAGAGUGAGGGGGACAUGAUGUUCUCCUGCUUCUGUCCUGCUGGGUACUCAGGGCGGCUGUGUGAGGUGGGGCUGGGCUGGUGUGACGAGAACGUGUGCGCUAACGGAGGAAGUUGUGUGGCCAGCCAUCCACGUGGAGCAAACAGCACACACUUUUGUCGCUGUACUGACGGCUGGAUGGGGAGGUUGUGUGACGUCAGGAUGGAACCAUCCUGCCACCUGCAGCCUUGCCUGUAUGGAGGAACCUGCGUCCCUGUGGGGGGUAGCCCCCGUGGGUAUGCCUGUCUGUGUCCUGACAGGCCAGGGGUCAAGCUGGAUGAAAACUGUGGGCUGCUUGACCCUUGUGACUCCGCCCCCUGCCCCAACACAACACAGUGUGUUUCAUAUGUCAACAUGACCUACAGCUGUGAGUGUUUAACAGGAGGCUGCACCCCCUGGGUCCCAGACAAUUCGACUCAGUCAUUGGGUAUUUCUAGCUACACCUGGUGGCUGUCAGAUGGGUUUCUGACUGUGGUGGGCCUUUCAGCUGCAGCCAUUCUAGCUGUCACAGUUAUAGCUGUUAUACUCUGCCGCAAGAAGAAGAGCACAAACACUGACCUGGAGGUAUUAAGUUACAGGAUGGACGCUACUGUGGGUCAUGUGACCAAGCCAGGAUUUCACCUGGGGGAAAAUCAGACAGAAGAGAGCACCUACGCUGAGCUUGGUGAUGAGUACAACAUCCCAGAGAGCUCUUAUGCUGUGAGAGCACCAGAUGCUGCAGUCCCUAGCAGUGCUAGACAUAGCAUCGUCUCAAGAUCCAUCUCCAGGAAGUUGUCCUCAACAUCCUCGGGGUCCUUCACCUCCAUGCGCUCGUCUGUCUCCAAAAACAUGUCAAUCCAGGACGACACUGUCACGCCCCUGCUGUCAGAUGACUACCUGGUGCCUGUGACACUGACAAACGCCACUGACGUUAGGCCAUCACUGACACACGAGGUAGAGACUAAGAGAAAUAACGCAGCAUCUAAACUGGGGGUUGUUAACACGAGCUUUAACCCGGAGAAUUACAUCAUAGAUAAACAAAACAGAACGCAUGUAGCUCAUGGCAACAAAGGGGAUUUUCCAGAUUCACACAAGGGAAGGAACUCUGAACUAGAAAUGACAAGUGCUGGGGCUACCCCGUACGUUACCAUGGGAGAUAAUACGGACAUUUCUGGUAGCAGAGGGUACAGACACAAGGGAAACAAAUCCAGUAAAACUUCAGACCAAUCAGCACCAAGCAGUUUUGAGAGAGAUGAUAGCCUGUAGACCACGCCCUGGUGGAAGACUUCACCUCGUGCCCGCCCCACACACAUAAAGAAAUCACCAGACCCAACGCUAUGAAAGAGAAACCUAAAGCAACGGUUGAAGACUUCACACUGCCCAAACACACCAAGAA